GCAGCUCACUACUGAAGAAAUUAUGGAAUAUCUCGAGAAAUUUGUACCGGCUUUUAUCAAAAACAUUCCAACACAUAUGGAUUUUGAUGGACAGAAAAGGGCAGAAAAAUGGUUCCAAAUCAUUAUAAUGGUGUUUGGGGUGGUCGGCUUUAUUUGGGGAUACAUCUGCCAGCAGUUUUCACAGACCAUGUAUAUUCUCAUAGCCGGCUUUGUUAUCUCCUGUUUUCUGACAUUACCACCUUGGCCGAUGUUCAGAAGAAAACCUCUAAAGUGGCUAAAAGUGAAACAAGAAACAGAGUCAGAAUCAACAAAUAAUGCCCCAACAAGUUCAGGACCAACACAUAAACAAAGAAGAAGAUAGACUUGUUUUGUUUCAGUUUAUUUUGCAUAACAGUUUAUAAGUAUGCAGUCAAAUUUUUUUUUUUUUUAAAUCUUAAUUAUUCAUUUGAUAAUGUUUCAUUAACAACUUUGCAUUGUGACAGAGAAUUCAACAGAUGCAGAAAAUUCUGCAUGUUAAGAUUAAUUUGAGAAAUGUGUCCAUUGGAUGAUUUUUGUUUGAAUAUGUAAAAAGUAUUUCAUUUACUAUUUCUACAAAUCAUGAAGAUAGGGCCAAAAUGUUUUUCGUAAUUCAGGAUACAGGUGACCAAUCAAUUGAAAAACCUCACAAUGAUUUGAUAUUUUUUUGUUCCUGAACACAUAAUAUUUUACAUAUAGCUGUGCUUACAUCAGUAAUAAAUAAAUUUUAAAUUAACGCAUAUGUGACAAUGCUACAUUUUCUCGUAUUAGAACAUUUGUUCUGAACAUAGAAUUACCUCAAAAGGCAAAAACUCAUUACUACAAAAACGAAAGAGUAUCAUUGAUCUCAAUAGCCAAUUAUUGAUUGAUAUAAGUAUGAAUGAGGUUAUUUGACAUUUAGCUUCAAAAGUCCUGCCUCUGUAUACAAUACAUUAACGAGAGAAGAUACUCCAAUGUACAUGUGGACUACCAGACAAACAUAGGACCACAACAAAAUAUCAGUGAAGCAAUCAAUAUUUACUAUAUUGUUCUUAUUCCUAUUUGAAUUGAUUUGUGUAUGAGACACUGACAGCAUAGAGAGGAAAUGGAACAAUGCAGAAAUAAAAGCAAAAAGAUGGGAAGGGUUGUAUUUUACUUAACAUUUGUGAUUGGCUCUGAUUGUUGGAAAAUAACAUUACCAUAUUCGUCACUUGUCUUCAGGUAUUUUAAAUUGUAAUUAAAAAGAGUUGGACAAUUUCUUUAUUUAGUUUGGAGUUUCAUAUAAUUAUAUUUGCCUUAAGUAAGAAAUACCUGUCUAUAAAGGCCAUCACUUUUUUUGUCCCAGUGUAAUGAAAGUCAUAGUAAUUGCACCAGAAUAUGAAGGUCCCUGCUUAUAAAGGCCACUCUUCUGCUCCCUUGGGUGUCCAUCGCAGACAGGUUUACAUUUACUUCAGAUUGGUUACACCAACAUUCUGGAUUUGACUUCCUCAGUGUUGAAGAUAUUACAUAUAUUUAUAUUAUAGAAAACUCCUUCAUAAAAACUAAUGAUUUACUGGUGACAAUGUUUGAGUGUGCUGAUUGUUGACUGCGUGAGAUGUAUGUAUGUGAUUAUUAGAGUGUCGGUCCAUUUGCUAUCUAUAAAAUAUGAGUUCAUAUACUAAUUUCAAGGCUAUAGAUAGACAGGAAAUCUUGUAAAUGGCAGUUUGCUGUAGUUUUCACCCAUUAUUUAUAAUCUUCAUAAGUUAAUCAAAAGGUGAACUGAUUGAAAAGUGGAUGUCACUUGACAGCAUGAAAGGCAUGUUUUCAUUUUACAACAUUUUCUCUGUUAACAACUACACAAGAUAUGAUAGGAAUGUUUUCAUCCUACCAAAUUGGACAAAAAUCAAUCAUCUGAGCGAAAACUCAUUCUGUAAACCUGGUCAUUUUGGUGCAUGUUUCAUUACCUCUAGAGAACUUUACCAAAAGGUAAAUCUGUAGAUCAUUGAAUUAUCUAGUCAUGCAGAAGUCAAUAUAGUAGACGUUUUGUCACAUACAAUAAUUGAUCACUAAACGAUUGUAAACAACUUUGAUUAACAUUGAUUAAAUUGUUGGGGUAUAAGAUACAUUUGUAAUAUA